AUGACUGUAAAUGAGGAUAUUAGCAAUUUUAAGGUAUCUGAUAAAAAGGAUAUUAUAUAUAAAAUUGCAAAUGAUACUAAAGAACUUCAGAUUUUUGACAUUUCAGAUAAUUUGAAAAAUCACAAAGUUAAUAAUAAUAUAAAUAAUUCAAUUAAUAUUAAAAAUAAUGAGAACAUAAACUUAUUCAGCAAAAAUCUUUUGAUAGACUUAAAUCAAAGUUUUAAUGUUCUAAUACAAAUUGAGAGUGAUUUUUUUGAAAAUUAUCUUACCUUAUAUUUAAUGAAUCAUGAUACAACUGGAUAUAGCUUUAUAUCAAUUGAAGGAAGUCAAGAUACAAUAGUUUUAAAAAUUGUGAUUGAAAAUGAAGAAAUUUUAAAUAGCUUUGACCAUAUUGAAUUUAGAAAAUAG